GUUGAAAACGUAUUAAAUGUACUUGUUAAACUGUAAAAACGUGAACUUAAAAAGAACAAUGUAUUGUUUGGGACGCUCUGUUAAAUCCUUGCCCAUUGCGUCGUUUCUGACACGGCAUCAACUGGGUUCCGCUUUCCGCAUGUGAAAAAAAAUAAAGAUCCACUACCGGAUGCGUUUAGUUUUGGUUUUAACUCAACUUGCUGUCAACCCGGAAAGAGGCUGCGCUAGAGGCACAGGGCUCGGCUUUCCGCACGGAGCUUUCAUCAGUUUUCGCGUAUAAAUGAGCGCGCAUUGUCCUUGUAUUGUGUUCUAAGUGUGCGCUGAACAAUACACACACACAGCGGAACGCGGAUGAGUCACGAGCCUUUGGGAUUCUGGAAGUGAAAUCUGGGACAUGCCUUACCUGGACAGACAAAACCGGACCUGUGGAUUCCUGGAUAUUGAGGAAAAUGAGAACAGUGAUAGGUUUUACCGACGUUAUUUUAUCUUGGAUACUCAUGAGAAUUUUCUCUUAUGGUAUAUGGACAAUCCACAGAACCUACCUGUGGGAACAGAGGCUGUUGGAAGUUUGCGACUCAGUUACAUUUCAAAGGUUAAUGAAGCAUCAGUAAAACAGAAACCAAAGGCAGAGUUUUGCUUUGUAAUAAAUGCAUUGUCAAGACGGUACUUUCUGCAGGCUAAUGAUGCUGGGGACUUGAAGGAGUGGGUCAUUGCUCUGAAUAAUGCCACCAAAAUUACAGUUCCAAAAGUAUCACCGGUGGCCCAAAGCUCUGAUGUCACAAAUGUUUCAAACCCAAGUCAGUCAACAUCUCGACAGGCGUAUAAAACAGAAAUUGUUGGAGGUGUGGUUGUGCACACACCAGUCCAACAGAGCGACUGUGAUGAUGUCUUCACGAGUGAACCUGGGUCACAUGUUACUUUAAGAAGAUGCCAGAGUGUGCGUCCAAAUGUCGUGAGGUCUGGCUACUGUGUCAAGCAAGGCAAUGUGAGGAAGAGCUGGAAGAGGAGGUUUUUUAUUUUAGAUGGCCAAACUGUGAGCUACUAUAAAUCUGAAAUGGAUAAGGAACCGUUGCGCAGUAUUCGAUUGCGGGAUGUGCUGAAAGUUAACGAGUGUCUUGUGAAAUCAGGGGAUCUGCUGUCUCGUGAUAACCUUUUUGAAAUCAUCACAAGUACCAGAACCUUCUACGUCCAGACAGACACUCCAGAAGACAUGAAGGGCUGGAUCAAGGAUAUUUCCUCAAAAAUUGAAGACUUUAGAGGGCCAUCUAAGUUCCGCUCUUCCGGCAAAGUGUUUUCUACGCAGAAGAAGCAUCAGCUUACGAAGUGCAGCUCCACUGUAGAUUCAUGGCAACCGUGGACCCCGGUGCCCAAUCAGGAGAAGCAUUUGAAGGAAGAGGGUCAAAGAGAAGGGCCGUACAGCUCUCUCCCCUCACUCUCGCACACAGGCCACGCCUCUCAGUCUACAGCUCGACAACGACACCAUUCCCAGCCUCAAUUCACUCCCAGCGAGACAGACUUUUCUCACAGUCUUGACCAUAUCCGCACCACUGACGUUUAGUUGCUUUAAUGGAUACUGCUGGCCAGCACAUGGAUAGUGUUAUGAUUUCAGCCCUUUGUUGUAGAGCUGCACGAUUUUGGAUAAACUGAGAAUCAUGAUUGUUUUGUGUCAAAUAUAGAGAUUACAAUUCUCCCAUGAUUCAGAACAGACAACUAAACAAAAUAACUUAAUUAACUAGAAGUUCUGACAAAAUGUUAAUUGCUGCAGUCUAUUUAAAAAUAUUUAAUUGAAUGAAUGAUUCAAUGACUCGUUCAUAAAGACUUCACUUGUUUCAUUACUGGAUGAAUCAGCGUUUGCUGAAUGAAUGAUUCAAUGACUGACAGUCACUUUUCGCCACCUUCUGGUGAAACGAUGUAAUUAAUGCAAUCUUUAUUUGAAGCAUCAGUUUACUUUUAAAUGGUGAUUUUGAUUGCUACCGUAGACAUCAGCGUUUAUAUCCGAACUAUAAACUUUUAUCCCAGUAAUUCCGUGAUAAUUUGAAAUAUUGUAACACAGAAAUAAUGAUACUGUGUGGUUGAAAACACUCUUUGUGAAGCUGUUUCAUAUCAAUACAUGACAGCUGCAGCGUGAACAUAGAUUUGAAUGUUCGAUGUGAUCGUAGGCCUACUUGCAGAUUCGUUGCCAUUUAGGAAUAAGAUCGUGUGGGUGUUUGAAUUAAAAUCGCGAUCUUUUAACGAUUAAUCGUGCAGCUCUACUUUGUUGCUUUUGUUGUUCAGUGGUGCACACAAGUGCUUCGGUCAUUGCAAUGCUGCUCACCCACUAUCAACGAAUAGCUCACCCAAAAAUGACAAUUCUGUCAUCACCCUCAUGUCAAGUUCCAACAAGCAAUGUAUGGCAAGAAUUGUGUAACAAUUCUUCAAGAAACUGUAAUUUUGUGUUCUACUGAAAAACAGUAACAUUAUUUUGAAACAACAUGAAGAUGAAGAAUGAAUGACAGAAUUGUCAUUUGGGUGAACUAUUCCUUUAAAAGAAUGUGUCUUAUUGUAGGAAUGUAAAAUCAGGAAGGAUCAGCUGGUGAAAAUGUGUUACAUUUCAUUAUUGAAUUUCAGCUAAAUGUCUUUAUUUUCACACUGCUAUGGGCACAUUUGCUUUUUUGAUUAGAAUCUCGAUUUAUCUCUUCUUCGUUUUACAUCAUAACUUUGUUUUAAAUAUGAAAUAGGUCUAUUUACACUUGUGGAUCCAAAAUCCUAGAUUUUCAAUGUGGUCUCAAACUUUUUGACCCACUUGUACACUUGAAAGCGUUGUUGGUACAUCUGGUAGACUUACGUCAAGACACCUGAACUUAUUUUGAAGACAUUUCUGUUGUAUCAUCACUGAUGAAGCUUGAAGGAUUGGGGAAACUGACUAUAGGCAUUCUAUGAUGAACUUUGUGACUGAAACCAUAAUCAUUUCAUACUGAUAUCUUUGAAACGCCUGAAAAUGUUCGUACAAUACUUUUGUUGUUGUUGUCUAUGUGAAUGGUACUAAUGUCUAGGUAAUGUUUUUGUUGCUCAAAACACAUUUUAUAUGCGUCUUUGCUUGAUAUGCAUAACUGCUUUGCACAUGAAAUAAACCAGCUUGUGAAGGAAAGGAAAAUAUGCUUUGUUUAGUCUUUGCUCUGCAGUCCAAUGGGCGGAGCUUGGCGGCCCGAACGUUUUCUCAGAAUCGAUAAGUUUCAAUCAGCUCCUUGGUCUUAAUAAAAAUCUGCUAUUUCAAAAAUUA